CAAAGCAUGUUUAUUACCUCCUUUGGACUGCAGAAGAAGGCUAGUGUCCAGUGCCAUUUUGGCAUUUCAGAAUUUCUUGAUGCAGAAAAUGUUUUCUGUCUCAUGGCUCCUGGAUGUUUUUUACACUAGAGAACUAGCCUUUAAAAAGUGAGCUCAUCUACAUGAAAAUGCUUUGAAAGUGAUUAAGUGAUCCGGAAACCUAACAUUAUUUUACACUGUUAAUUUCUCGCUAUCUCUUCUGAGUUUUGCCAUUUUUUUCAUUUUCAUUUAAUUCUGGUUUUCUCACAAUUUACCUCAGAACUGCCCUGACCUGCCUUUAAACAACAGCUUCAGGGAAACCACUCACAUCCCUGGUGCCUUGCCCUCCACUACCCGGCUGGAACUUCCAAAGCAAUUGCCCUUAACCAAAAUGGCUGCCACGGCCUUUCCCUUCAAACCCAAGAUGGUGCCACGACUUCCGGUUGGAGGCUGUUUUCCCUUAACAAAGAUGGUGGUUGUACUUCCUGUUCAGCAACGUGCGUACGGCUGCCUCAGGCUGGUCCUUCUCCACUAACUACCCCACCAACUGAUCUGCACAAGUCGCUGAUCCUCAACGAUCAAGGACCAUGCCGCCCUUAAUACUGCUCAGUCUACUGGGAGCCAUGGCUCUAGGAGCUGUCAGUUCCAUGCCAGUGGAUAAAGGAGACCACACAGAAGAAAUGGUGACCCACUGCAUAGUAGAAGUCCUUUCCAAUGCUUUAUCAAGACCAAAUGCUCCUCCCAUAAGUCUGGAGUGCAGGAAAAUCCUGAAGAAAGGUGGGCAACAGGAUAAAGAUGAAACAGAAAAUGAAAGUGAAAAGUCCAAAUUUGCAGUAAGAUUGUUAAGAGACCCAACUAAUGAGGAAACUCAUGUACCUAUGAGUUUGGAGGAGGAAAACCCAGCAGAGGAAGAGUCUAAAAGGCAAAUGGAAGACAAUACAGCAAAGCUCCAGCAGGAGGAAGAGGAUAAAGAAGAAAGAAGAAAGUAUCAACCAAGCUUUCAUCUUCAUGAAGACCAAGGCCUUAAAGAGGCAAGAAAGCAUCAGCCCGAAAAUAGCAAUGAGAAAGAAAAGGAAAGGGUAGAAGGGGAAACUGAGAAAUAUAAAAAAAGUGAUCACAGUGAAGAAGGAAGUCAAGAGAAACCUCUCUUUGAAGAGUCAGGGGAGGUUCAAAAUACCUUUCUUGACAAAAGAAACAAAGCCACAGCUAAAAUCAAUGAACAGUUUGCACUCAAACAUAACAGAUACUCUGUAGAGCAUCCUGAGAAGACACAUAGCCAGGAAAGAAGCAGCGAAGAGAGUGAAGAGGACAGUGAGAGUAAUAGCAGUGAAAAACGUGGCUGGGAGCCUAAAAAUCAACAUGGAAGUGUAGAAUCAGAUGAAAGUGAAGAGGCUUCUGUCUCUGAAGUGACCAAACGUCUGCUGAAACCGAGACACCAUCACAGGAGAUAUAGGCUAGAUCCAUCCUCUGAAGAGAAGAAGGCUCACUCUGAAGAAAGAAGAAACACCCUUGAAUCCAAGGAAUCAAAUGAAGAUAAGGACCAUUUCUGGGACAAGAGAGGCCACCACAAAAACAAUUAUGAAGAUUUACAGGAGGAACCAAGUUAUCGUGAAGAGAAGGAGAAUUACCACAGGAGCCAUGGUUUUGAUGAUCUUGAGGAAGAAAGAUAUAGUGACAGAGCAAGUGAAGAGUACAGAGAUAAGAGACAUCACAGUGAGGGAAGCCAGGAAGAAGAGAAAAGAAACCACCACAACAGACAAAUUGAAGAGGUGGGACAUCACUAUGACAGAGAAAGUGAGGAAGGGAGGCACUUUGAUGAGGACAAGAGCCGUCAUCAUGGAGACAGAGAGCAAGAACCAGGUGUUCAUUCCACUCAUGGAAAUAGAGAUGAUAAAAGGUAUCCCAGUGAAAGACAACAUUAUGCAAAAGAAAGCAAUGUGGACAAUGAAAGGAGGCAUCCUAGGGGAAGGAAAGAGCAAGACCAAAGCUAUUUGGACCAUGAAAAGAGAAAUAGUGAGGAAGGUGAUACAGGAAAGUGGCAGCAGAGAGAAGAUGAAGAUGGUGAAAAUAAUAGAGAGGAAACAAGGUUUCAAGAAAAAGAAUUUAAUGCCCAUCAUGCAGAAGAGAAGAUGAAGAGGUUAGGAAUUCCAUACAGUCCUUAUUAUGAACCCCUCCAGUGGAAGAACAGACAUUUUGAGGAAAAGGACAGAAUGAGUGAUCAGUUUCCCAAGAAUGAAGAGGAAAACAGAUCUAGCUUGAAUGAAAAGACUUUCUUCCCUGACUACAAUGAUUAUUAUGAAGACAUGAAUCAGGAGCAUAAUGAGAAGAGAAAUCUCGUCAGCAUCCCCAAAUAUGAUCUGAAAAGGCAGUAUGACAGAGUUGAUGAACUUGCCCAGCUUCUCAAUUACAGGAAGAAGUCUGAUGAAUUUCCAGAAUUCUAUAACUCUGAUGAAGACAUGAGAAAACACCAGAUGGUCAGGAAUGAGGAUGGCGGCCUCGCUCAGAGGCCUCUGACAGAAGAGGAGGAGAAGGAACUAGAAAACUUGGCUGCAAUGGACAUGGAACUACAGAAAAUAGCGGAGAAAUUCAGUGGUACCCAGAGAGGGUGACCACUCAGAGCAGUGGUAUAGUGUUUCACAGCAGGGGGUAGCUUUAAUAUACAUGCAUUCAUACUACUUAGUCUUGGCAGAUGCUGCCACCAGAAAGUAUCAUUUUCCCAAAGACAGUUAGUAGAGUUUACUGUUCACUCAGUGUAUUUACACGGUUGGAAAUGUCUUUAUUGUUUUCUAGGAUGCUAUUGAAACUUGAAUAGCAUGAAUUUUAGCAUAUAAACUUAUAUUUGAAUAUGCUUUGUGAUGAGUGUGCUACUGUCCUUCAGAAAUAUAUUAUGCCUCCUAACUUGAAAAAAUAAAAAAAAGUAAUAUAGCACCAAAUAUUUCAUCUUUCUUGACUUUCUUUUUUCUGUUAGGGGGGAGUAUAAUAUUUAAGGGUCCUUUGGGUAUAUUCUGCCAAUAGACUGACACUGAAACAAUAUGUUUAGAUUUGAUGGUCUCCCAGGUAAAAGGUGGUAGGUGAGCCUCCUGAAGUUACAGAAGGCAUAGGUUAGAGUGGCCUAAUGGAUGUAUAACAGAGUAGUUAGACUCUGUGCCACCUUGUAGAAGAGACAUCAAAUACUCAAAAUGGUAAAAGCCAUUUCAACAAUUUCAGCAUACAAUCAGUUUUAAAAUCAUUAAAGUUAGUAUUG